GUCGCAUCAUAAUAUGUGGCAAGAAGAAGAGAACAUGUUUUUCUCUCUUGUGCAAAGGCCUGUUGGCAAGUUUCCUAGACUGAACACAAAAACUCAAGUCACCUGUCGAAAGUACAUUGACAACCUGGCCCAGCUGUCAGCAGAAGGAAAGAUUUACAAGUGUCACAGGACCAUUGAAAGGUUGCGCAAAGUCAAGACGGACCCUGACUCCCAAGUGUCACUUCGCCACGCAGCUGCCCUCAAUGCUAUCAACGAGGGAAACUUUGAGAGAGCAAGCCGUCUGCUUGGGGAGGUAGAGGUCCUCCUACCGGAUACAAGAAACGAGGAUGAACACAGGCUGCGCUGGUACCACCAGAAGUCCUUGCUGAAGUUACAGCAAGGAAAGCAUGCUGCUGGGAUACAGUUAACUGAAGAGGCGCUAUCAUUGGUGUCAAUCAUGGCACCGGGAUGUAUCUCAGCCUGGCUCCUCAUCAACCAUGCCUGGUUCCUCACCAAGAUCGCAGCAGAUGAAGACGACGUAAACGAUAGACAGGUCCUCGUGAAGAGGGCGGAAAAGUUUUACCAACAAGCGAUGGACCACGCAGAGAGUGAAUACCCAACACAGAUGCUGUACUUCCAGUCACGUGUGCCUCAAUAUGCAAAAAUUGGUCUCGCCUUCUUGUAUCUUGGGUGUUGGCAGUCUGUUGACAAUUGCAGGAUUGGAAUCUCUACUGAUUUGUCAUGGGAUGAUAUCAGGAAAGCCAAGGACAUUGUUGAAGAAGUACAGAGUGAGGGAUCAUUACACAUUACUCCAAACACCCAAGCUGAAACAGUAAAUAAAACAACUGUUCAAGGUGAUGGCAACAUCAGUGUCAAUGCAGGAAAGAACAGCACAAUUGUGAUCAAUACAAGUCCACCAGUCUCUGAAGACAAGCAUCACAGUUUGAGGGGCAAGUCUGGUGACCAACAGCCAUCAAAACAACUGCAGUUCUGGAGUGAAGACGAACAGAGCGCUGUGCCACGACCAGUCUGUAAAUCUCUCAGGCUGAACACUAAAACACAAGCAGCCUGUCGUAAGUACAUUGACAACCUGGCCCAGCUGUCUGCACAAGGAAAGAUACAGAAAUGCCGCCGCACCAUUGCCAAGCUGCUGAAGGCAAAGACAGAUCCAGACUCCCAAGUGUCCCUCCGCCAUGCCGCAACUCUGAACGCCAUCAACGAAGGAGAUUUUAAGAAGGCAAACCAUCUACUUGGAGAGGUUGAAAUCCUCCUUCCAGAUGUUAGAAAUGAGGCUGAACACAGACUUCGUUGGUACCACCAGAAGUCGUUAAUAAAGCUUCGAGAGGGGAAGCAUGCCGCAGGGAUCUUGCUGACCAAUGAAGCACUCUUCCUUCUCGACACUGUGACCCCGGGAUGUAUCUCAGCCUGGCUGCUGAUCAACCAUGCCUGGUUCCUCACCAAGAUCGCAGUAGAUGAGGAUGACGCUGAUGAUAGGAAAUCCCUCAUGAAACAGGCUGAAAAGUUCUACCAGCAAGCCAUUGAGCAUGCGGAUAGAGAGUACCCCAGGCAGAUGCCCAAUUUCCCCCAGUUUGCUUACAUUGGCCUUGCUCUCCUGUAUCUUGGAUGCUGGCAGUCAGUGAACAAUUCUAGGCUUGGAAUCUCCACUGAUGUGCCACUGGAAGACAUCAAGAAAGCGAAGGAUGUGAUUGCAGCAGUGGACAAGGAAGGACCUGUGUGUAACGUGUCCAAGUUCCUAUUGACGAUUGCUAAAGCCUGUCUCCAGUACAGGCUGAGUAACCACCAAGAGGCCUAUGACUUAGCAAAUGAAGCCAAGAACUUUGCCACUGAACACUCCUUUUCUAGGUUUGUUGACUUUGCAGACAGCAUUGUGCAGUAUUUGCAAAAUUAUGUACUGAGAGGUAUGGUAUAAAAAAAUCAAUAUGUAGACAAUGUAAAUACUAUUAUCCUUACUAGGACUGCUGAUAAGAAAUUCUUAUGAUAUUGAAAAGCACUGAAAAGACAGGCAGACUGCCCCUAUGGCCUGCAGUUAUACGGGACUGAGUGAGUGACGGAAAAGAGGUACCAGACUGAGUAGUCAUUCUCUUACAUGUAUAUUCACUGUUCUUUUUCUUCUAUAAAUGGGUCCCAUAAUAAUUGUUGUGGUAUAGACUUAGGAUAUACAUUUUAUGGCUAGAGGGUUUGUUCAGAACUAAUAAUAGUCCAGACCUACAAUGUAUAUUUAUGCACAA